AUGGCGGAAAACAAAGGCGGCGGCGAGGCUGAGAGCGGCGGCGGGGGCGGCGGCGGCGCGCCGGGAGCCGCCGGGGCCGCGGGGCCCGCGGCGCAGGAGGCGGAGCCGCCUCUCGCCGCGGUGCUGGUGGAGGAGGAGGAGGAGGAAGGCGGCCGGGCCGGCGCGGAGGGCGUCGCGGCGGGGCCCGACGAGGACGGGGGGGCCGCGGCCUCCUCAGGCCCGGCCGCCGCCGCCACCGCCGCCGCCGCCGCCCCUGCGGCCUCGGGCCCCGCGGCUCCCGGGAGCUCCGCGUCGGCGCCGGCCUCGGCGGCCUCCGCGUCGGCGGCGGGCCCGGGCCCCGCGGCGGGGCCGCCGGCCUCGCUCUUGGACACCUGCGCCGUGUGCCAGCAGAGCCUGCAGAGCCGGCGCGAGGCGGAGCCCAAGCUGCUGCCCUGCCUGCACUCGUUCUGCCUGCGCUGCCUGCCCGAGCCCGAGCGCCAGCUCAGCGUGCCCAUCCCGGGGGGCAGCAACGGCGACGUCCAGCAAGUUGGUGUGAUACGGUGUCCAGUGUGCCGCCAGGAAUGCAGACAGAUAGACCUUGUGGAUAAUUAUUUUGUGAAAGACACAUCUGAAGCCCCUAGCAGUUCUGAUGAGAAAUCAGAACAGGUAUGUACUAGUUGUGAAGACAAUGCGAAUGCCGUUGGCUUUUGUGUAGAAUGUGGAGAGUGGCUGUGUAAGACCUGUAUUGAAGCACAUCAGAGAGUCAAGUUCACUAAAGAUCACCUGAUCAGGAAGAAGGAAGAUGUCUCAGAGUCUGUUGGAACAUCUGGUCAGCGUCCGGUUUUCUGCCCUGUACACAAACAAGAGCAGCUGAAACUUUUUUGUGAAACAUGUGAUAGACUGACCUGUAGAGACUGCCAGCUAUUGGAGCACAAAGAACAUAGGUAUCAGUUUUUGGAAGAAGCAUUUCAAAAUCAGAAAGGUGCAAUUGAGAAUUUAUUGGCUAAGCUUCUUGAGAAGAAGAAUUACGUUCAUUUUGCAGCUACCCAGGUACAGAAUAGGAUAAAAGAAGUAAAUGAGACUAACAAACGCGUAGAACAGGAAAUUAAAGUGGCCAUUUUCACCCUUAUCAAUGAGAUUAAUAAGAAAGGAAAAUCCCUCUUACAGCAGCUAGAGAAUGUUACGAAAGAAAGACAGAUGAAACUCCUGCAGCAGCAGAGUGACAUCACGGGCCUCUCCCGGCAGGUGAAGCAUGUCAUGAACUUCACAAACUGGGCGAUUGCGAGUGGCAGCAGCACUGCUCUGCUGUACAGCAAGCGGCUGAUUACUUUUCAGUUGCGUCAUAUUUUGAAAGCGCGGUGUGAUCCUGUCCCUGCUGCUAAUGGAGCCAUACGUUUCCAUUGUGAUCCCACCUUCUGGGCAAAGAAUGUAGUCAAUUUAGGUAAUCUAGUAAUAGAGAGUAAACCGGCUCCUGGUUACACUCCUAAUGUGGUGGUUGGGCAAGUUCCUCCAGGGACAAACCACAUCAGUAAAACCCCUGGACAGAUUAACCUAGCACAGCUUCGACUCCAGCACAUGCAACAGCAAGUGUAUGCACAGAAACAGCAGCAGUUGCAGCAGAUGAGGAUGCAGCAACCACCAGCCCCUGUACCCACCACAACAGCCACUGCGCAGCAGCACGCCAGACAGGCGUCCCCACAAAUGUUACAGCAGCAGCCUCCAAGACUGAUCAGUGUGCAGACAAUGCAGCGAGGCAACAUGAGCUGUGGGGCUUUCCAGGCCCAUCAGAUGAGGCUGGCGCAGAACGCUGCCAGGAUUCCAGGCAUCCCCCGACACAGCGGUCCUCAGUAUUCCAUGAUGCAGCCACACCUCCAAAGACAACAUUCAAACCCAGGGCAUGCCGGACCCUUUCCUGUGGUAUCAGUACACAACACCACAAUUAAUCCAACGAGCCCUACUACAGCAACUAUGGCAAAUGCAAACCGAGGUCCUACCAGCCCAUCUGUUACAGCCAUAGAGCUAAUCCCCUCAGUUACAAACCCAGAGAACCUUCCUUCCCUGCCAGAUAUUCCUCCUAUACAGUUGGAAGAUGCUGGAUCAAGUAGUUUAGAUAAUCUACUAAGUAGAUACAUUACAGGCAGCCACCUACCCCCACAGCCUACAAGCACCAUGAACCCUUCCCCUGGACCCUCUGCCUUAUCUCCAGGAUCAUCAGGUUUAUCAAAUUCUCACACACCUGUGAGGCCCCCUAGUACCUCUAGUACCGGCAGCCGAGGCAGCUGUGGAUCAUCAGGGAGAACUGCUGAGAAGACAGGUCUUAGUUUCAAGUCAGAUCAAGUGAAGGUCAAGCAGGAACCUGGGAUGGAAGAUGAAGUGUGCAGCUUCUCCGGGGCUGUGAAGCAAGAGAAGGCCGAAGACGGCAGGAGGAGUGCCUGCAUGUUGAGCAGCCCCGAGAGUAGCUUGACACCACCUCUCUCAACUAACCUGCAUCUAGAGAGUGAGCUGGACACAUUAGCCAGCCUAGAGAACCACGUGAAGACUGAGCCCACUGACGUGAAUGAAAGCUGCAAACAGUCUGGGCUCAGUGGCCUAGUUAACGGAAAGUCUCCAGUGCGAAGCCUCAUACACAGGUCGGCCAGGAUUGGAGGAGAUGGCAGCAGCAAAGACGAGGACCCCAACGAGGACUGGUGUGCCGUCUGCCAGAAUGGAGGGGAUCUGUUGUGCUGUGAAAAGUGUCCAAAGGUCUUUCAUCUAACUUGUCAUGUUCCAACACUUCUUAGCUUUCCAAGUGGGGACUGGAUAUGCACGUUUUGCAGAGAUAUUGGGAAGCCAGAAGUUGAAUAUGAUUGUGAUAAUUUGCAGCACAGCAAGAAGGGGAAAACCGUACAGGGAUUGAGCCCUGUGGACCAAAGGAAAUGUGAACGCCUUCUGCUUUACCUCUAUUGCCAUGAAUUAAGUAUUGAAUUCCAGGAGCCUGUUCCUGUUUCGAUACCAAACUACUACAAGAUAAUAAAGAAACCAAUGGAUUUGUCCACCGUGAAAAAGAAACUUCAAAAAAAACAUUCCCAACAUUACCAAAUCCCAGAUGAUUUUGUGGCUGAUGUUCGUCUGAUCUUCAAGAACUGUGAAAGGUUUAAUGAAAUGAUGAAAGUUGUUCAAGUUUAUGCAGACACACAAGAGAUUAAUUUGAAGGCUGACUCAGAAGUAGCACAGGCAGGGAAGGCAGUGGCAUUGUACUUUGAAGAUAAACUCACAGAGAUCUACUCAGACAGGACCUUCGCGCCUUUGCCAGAGUUUGAGCAGGAGGAGGAUGACGGUGAGGUGACUGAGGACUCUGACGAAGACUUUAUUCAGCCUCGCAGAAAACGCCUGAAGUCAGACGAGAGGCCAGUGCACAUAAAAGAACAGACUUCUCAGAAAAUCUUCAGAAGCAGCUUAUUACUGAAAUACCACAAUAUUGAAAUAAAACCCGGUGGGGUUUAGAUCCCUCAUCUGUCCACCAAGUGGGACAUUUGCCUGGACUUGGGGCUUGAAAAGACCUAGAAGAAUCCUGUGUGUAAGUGCAGGAAAUAAGCCACUCUCCCCCGGACUGGCGUCCACAGUGCACCCAGCCUGCCUGGCAGUGGAAGCAGACAACCAGCUUGGCUUUGGUUCUUUUCUCUUCACUCGUGUUGCUCAGACUCAAAACGUGUGUUCUAGACUUUGUGCAGGCUUCUCUUUUGUUGGAUUAAAAUUUUUAGUCCUGCUUUUAUGUGGAUACAUUAGAAUGAAAAGUGACCAAAAUAGAAGAAUUUCCCAUUAGAUGUUUUUCAGAUGUCAGCAGAUUUGUGGCAAAUCAUUUGCCUUUUUAGUAACUCCACUGAAGCAAUUCAGACCACAGACUACUCAGAAAAUUGACCUGAUUGUCUAAAAAGUAAAUUUUUUUAGUUCACAUUGGAUCAAAUAAAGUAUUCUAAAGAAAUUAUCAUA